CUGGAGGAGGAGGAGGAGGAGGAGGAGGAGGGAGAGAGGGAGGGGGGAUGCGAGGGGAGCGCAGCGUGCAGCAGACGGAGCCCGGUCUCCCAGCGGCAAGGUGAGGAAGAGCGGCUUUCCCGGCGGACUAAAGAGGGGAGGGGGGGGAGAGGAAGAAAAAGAGAGAGAGAGAGAGGAGGAGAAGAGGAGGAGGAGGAGAAUUAAAUCCCCAGCCACACACACACAAAGCCGCGGCGGCCAGGGCACGGGAGACGGCGGCGCGGGCGAGAUGUGGGGAGCGCCGCGCUCGCCAGCGCAGGAACUUCGCCCGGAGCAAGCCAGCAACAUGGCGCUGCCAAACCAGAGCCGGCAGCCGGAAUGAGCAUCGCGGGCUGCCGCUCCCACUCCCGCUGUUGAGCCCAGUCGAGCCGAGGAGCAAAGCCCUUCCCGCGGGCACCUGCCCCGUCGGCGCAGAGGGCGGCCACGCUCCUGCUCCCCGCAGCUCCCUGGUCUUUCCGCGCCCUUUCCCCGACCCGCCCGCGCUGGGGCAAGCCGCGACACACGCACCCACGGAGAGGGGGACUCGGAUCGUGAAACUUUUCUCGCCUCUUCCUCCCACCCCCGACGGGGCUGCCCUUCAGGGAGAGCAGCAGGGCCAGGCGACGGUGUGGGGACCCGCGUCUCGGACCGCGCACGCCAGAGCCCCGCGGCGCGGCAGGAAGAAUAUAAAACCGUGAAGAAAAGCGUUGAUUUUUAAGAAGACGUCAUGCUUUCUGCAACUCCCCUGUAUGGCAACGUUCAUAGCUGGAUGAGCAAUGAAAGGGUCCGCAUGUGUGGAAUUAAUGAAGACAGGAAAAUCCCCGUUAAUGAUGGUGAUGCACCGAAAAGCAGACUGGAGUUGAGGGAGGAAAAUCACCUGAAUCACAGUGUGGUGGAUGCAACUACAGCACAUCGCAUCGACAGUCUUGCAGCUCUGAGUAUGGACAGGUCUGGGCUCAUGCGAGAAGGACUCAGAGUCCCCAGUAGCAUUGUUUAUUCCAGCUUGUGUGGACUUGGCUCGGAAAAAUCGCGGGAUGCUGCGGGUUCGAUAGCCAGCCUGGGAUUUACUCCUGAAAGAAAUCCAGAGAUACAGUUUAAGUCUAAUCCCCCCGAAGCGGUGGAAAGCGCAGCUGUCUCUGGAAAAGCCCCGAACGGCUUCAGCGCCAUAUACAAAACACCACCUGGAAUACAAAAAAACUCUGUCCCAACAGGGGAGACACUGGGUUUGGACCGAGCUGCGGGUGACAGGCAGAGUCCCCUCGGUGUCAAUGGUGCUAAUUACCUAAGGCUCCCCUGGGUACACCCAUACAUGGAGGGUGCAACGCCCACCAUAUACCCUUUCCUUGACUCACCAAAUAAGUAUUCAUUGAACAUGUACAAGGCAUUGCUACCUCACCAGUCCACCUACAGCUUACCACAGCACCUGGCUUACUCGCCCGUGUGUACGAACGGUGAACGUUUUUUAUACCUGCCUCCCUCCCACUACGUUGCCCCUCACAUCCCUUCGUCGCUGGCGUCGCCCAUGAGGCUCUCGACCGCUUCAGCUUCACCAGCAAUCCCGCCUUUGGUGCACUGUCCAGAUAAGAGCUUGUCGUGGAAGAUGGGUGUGAGCCCAGGCACCCCUGUCGACACGCACGCCUACCCCCACAUCCAGAGCAGCAAGCAGCCCCGGGUCCCCACCGCCAAGCCAGCCCCUGCCAACUUGCCAGCAGAUCCCGCGCUGCUGCUGCCGCACUCGCCUCGGCCAUCUCCCCGCCUCCCCCUGCCUCCCCAGGUCGGGGAUGCCUAUGCUGAUUUCCACAAGCAUUUCCCCAGGAUCACCACCUCUCCCUCCUCUGCUGUUACGCUCCCAAAGCCCUAUGUGAACAUCGGCAGUGAAUUUCCACCUGCUCGCCUCUCCAAUGGGAAGCUUCCCAAAGGCAGUGAUGCUGGGGAGGCACCCCUGCCAUCUGCCCCCCAUGCACGGAAAGCUGGCUCUGACCGGAAGGACAGCAGGUCUCCCCCACUCCUGGAAAAGCAAGCCCCGACCAAAGACGUGACUGACAAACCGCUGGACUUGUCGGCGAAAGUGGUUGAUGCGGAAACCGCUGGCAAGUCAGACCACAGUAAGAAAAUUAUGCCAACGGUGCUGGUGCAUGGGAGGGCAGGAGGGGGGACACACUUGCCAGGCAGUGACAUGGUUCAGAAAGAAACCAUUUCUCCCGGGAACAGCUGCCCCAUCUACAGGCCUGAAAUUAUCAGCACGGCGCCAUCCUCCUGGAUCGUUCCGGGUCCUAGCCCCAGUGAGGAGGCUGGGAAGAAUGUCCAGCUAAAAAACAAGGCACUGGACUGGGUUAUGCCACAGCCGCGGAGUUCCUCCUGCCCCAGGAUGGGUGGCACGGAAGCAGUGGUUGGCAGCGUUUCGGGGACGGUGUCGGCGGGAGGGCGGCCAGCGUCGGCGUCACCAGCUCCCAAUGCCAACGUGGAUUGCGCCAAGACGGCCCGGAGCUCUGCAGAGAGCACCCCCUCAGUUAUACAGCACGUCGGGCAGCCCGUCGCCGCCCCUGCGAAACACAGCAGUAAGGUGGCCAAGUCCUGUGGUCAGGAAGCCAACUUCAAGGCGACCGAGACUGCCCUGGCCUCCAGCCCCAUCUUCCUGCCGCCCAACGAGGCGUUUCGCUCCCCACAUCUGCCCUACCCGAGGAGCUACCUCCCAUAUCCAGUGCCGGAGGGGAUCGCCAUCAGCCCUCUCACCCUCCAUGGGAAAGGACAUGUCUACCCUCACCCUGUCUUGCUGCCCAACGGCAGCCUCUACCCCACCCACCUGGCUCCCAAACCCGGCCUCCCUUACAGCCUGCCAGCCGGGAGGGGGGAGUUCAUGACCUACCAGGAUGCGCUGGGAGUGGGGAUGGUGCACCCCAUGCUGUUGCAGCAUUCAGCUAUGGAGAUGAAUAAGGAGGAGAAGACGGAACGGAGGUCACGGUCUCACGAGAGGGUCCGCUAUGAGGACCCGGCUCUGCGGGGCCGGUUGCCAGAGCUCCUGGAGGGUGGUGGGAAGAUGCAUUUCGAAAUGCCCAGUGACAAGAGUGUGAAAUUGCACCAGAACUCUGGCCAUAGUAAAAACUCUGCAAAAAGCGACAAACACCUCUUCCCCGAUCUUCUGCGAGACGAGCAAGAAGCUAAGAGUGAAGCAAAUGUAACGAAAGCCAGCUUUGCUACAGAAAGCAGUAAUCAGACUAAUGACCCUACAAAGCACAAGGUAGAGCAGGCGUCUCAGCACAGAGAUUUUAUUGUAAUGAGAGAGGAGUUUGGAAGAAAUAAUGAUGUUCACGAAACCUAUAAUUUCAAGCAAGCCCAGAGUUCAUCAGUGUUCGGCUUAAGGAAAGAAGAUUUAGCUGUGAGCCAGCCUAAGGAGAGAGUGGCGGUCCAGCCUUCUCCCGUUUUCUUGGAAAGCGCGCACGAGAGCGAUGCUCCAGCUCUGGCUUUUGGCAAGGUGCAGGAGGACCCGAAGCCAUUCUGCAUGGGGACCGUGCCGCCAAGCAUUGAUGCCAGCCAGACCUAUACCAAAGACGGAGCCGACGACGCGGAGUCUGCUGAUGGCAAAAUACUGAAACCCAAGCCGUCUAAAUUGGCCAAGAGGAUCGCAAACUCUGCUGGUUAUGUAGGUGACCGAUUCAAGUGUGUGACGACUGAGCUCUACGCCGACUCCAGCCAGCUCAGCCGGGAGCAGCGGGCGUUGCAGAUGGAAGGAUUACAAGAGGACAGUAUUUUAUGUCUACCUGCUGCUUACUGUGAGCGUGCAAUGAUGCGCUUCUCAGAGUUGGAGAUGAAAGAGAGAGAAGGCCAAACAGCUACCAAAGACUCAGAGGUCUGCAGAUUCAGCCAGGCAGAUUGGGAAAACUUGAAAGGAAACAGUGAAAAGAAGCCAAAGUCUGUUGCUCUGGAAGAUGCCAUUGCUGACCAAAAUGACAAUGACAGAUGUAACUUUGCUAGUACAGAAAACAACCGAGGUCACUUUCUUGAAACUCCAGAGGAAAAAGAUCUCUCAAAUGAGAAAUGUUAUUUAGAGAGACAUUUGGUAUAUGAAAAGGCAGAAGACCAGCCAACAGAAGAUUUUGGCCAACAUUCAUGUCCACGUCUGGACAGGAAACGUAAACACUCUGGUGAGAGAGUGCAAAAUGAUGGCAGCCAAAAUGAAAGCUUUGUGGAUGAACUGCAGGACGAAGUUAUAUCAAAAGCAAAAAAGAAGAAGAACUCCAAAGAUGACUGGCCUGAGAGGGAAAUGACAAACAAUUCCUCUAACCACUUAGAAGAGCCCAAUUGUAAUGAGGUGACCAACCUGAAGGUGUGCAUUGAAUUAACAGGGCUCCAUCCCAAAAAGCAGCGUCACCUGCAGCAUCUUAGGGAACUAUGGGAGCAGCAGGUGUCACCAGAGAGAUCCCCGUCCGGCAAGUUGGGCCGGCAAAGCAGGAAAGAUUUAGCUGAGGCUGUUCAGCCAGAGGCCACUGCAAAGGUCAAAGACUUCACAGAAGAAAGGCACACCAAGAAAAGGUCAGAGGCCAAAAGCAAUAGAAGUUGGUCUGAAGAGUCCCUCAAAACAAGUGACAAUGAACAAGGCUUGCCCGUAUUCCCGGUGUCUCCGCACAUGAAGAGCCUUUCAUCCACCAAUGCAAACAGCAAAAGGCAGGCUCAGCCAAGCUGUACUCCAGCCUCGAGGUUGGCUGCCAAACAGCAGAAAAUUAAAGAAAGCCGGAAGACAGAUGGGCUGUACGCAGACGAAGAGGAGGAUUUCCAACAUGCAUCUCUGAUGCCGAAAUACAGCGAGUGUGAGAAGCCAUCAGGGAAACGUCAGUGUAAAACAAAACACUUGGCACUGCAGGAGAGGAGAAGGAGGUCAUCUCUGACAGGGGAUGACACCACAGAUAUCGAAAAUGCUGAAGAUAAGGUAACGAGGAAAGUCAGGAAGCGACCGGAGCCGGCUUCAGACUGCGACUCCUCGCCGGCCAAGGCGCUGGAGCAGAAGCCGUACGAGCGCCUGCCGCUGCCGCCCGCGCCGCCGCCGCUGGCCCUGGCCAGCCCCCCGCCCGACAGCACCCCCGGCCGGCCCAUGCCGCCCGAGGCGCGGCGCCUGAUCGUCAACAAGAACGCGGGGGAGACGCUGCUGCAGCGGGCGGCGCGCCUGGGAUACGAGGAAGUGGUUCUGUACUGUUUGGAAAACAAGGCGUGCGACGUGAAUCAUCGAGACAACGCGGGUUACUGCGCCCUGCACGAGGCCUGUGCCAGGGGCUGGCUGAGCAUCGUGCGGCAUCUCCUGGAGUACGGCGCGGACGUGAACUGCAGCGCUCAGGAUGGGACCAGACCAAUCCACGACGCGGUCGAAAACGACCACUUGGAAAUUGUCCGCCUGUUACUGUCCUAUGGUGCUGAUCCAACACUUGCAACCUACUCUGGGAGGACCAUUGUGAAAAUGACCCACAGUGAGCUCAUGGAGACCUUCCUCACAGAGUAUUUAACUGACCUGCAAGGUCGAAGUGUUGAUGACCCUGGUUUGUACUGGGAUUUCUAUGGCAGCUCUGUGUGCGAUCCAAAAGAUGAAUCUGGAUUUGAUGUCUUGGCAAAUCCUCCUGGCCCAGGUGAUGAAGAUGAAGAUGGCUUCAGUGAUGUGUUUGAAUUUGAAUUUUUGGAUGAGCCUCCCUUACCGUGUUACAACAUUCAAGUGUGUCUCUCUCAGGGACCACGGAACUGGCUUCUGCUCUCGGACGUGGUGAAGAGGCUAAAAAUGUCAUCGCGCAUCUUUCGCUGCAACUUCCCCAACCUGGAAGUCGUCACCAUCACGGAGGCAGAGUUUUAUAAACAGACUUCCCUCAGCCAGUUGUUCUCUUGUGCUACGGACCUUGAAGCUUUUAACCCAGAGAGCAAAGAGCUCUUGGACUUGGUGGAGUUCACAAGCGAGCUCAAGACUCUGCUGGGCUCCGAGCUUCACUGGCUGCACCCGCACGAGGACCCUCCCUUCGACAUCCUCUGGUGAACCUUCAGCCCUUUAAUGUACAGUGCUCUAUACAGCUACUUCUUUAUGUAUAUGUGUUCAAAUGAAUUGUUUCUGUAAAGAAAGGACACUAUUAAAUAUGAAAAUAUCUUUCCUUUAUAUAAGAGAUCUGAAUUCCAGUUGGAUGGAUUUUGGAAGAAUUUUUUUUUAACUUCAAUCGGUUUUUACAGAAAUUGUUAUAUAAUGUUUCUUUAAAUGCACACAGGCUUUGGGAUAAGUUUGUUAUUACUCGGAACACUUUUUUUUUUAAAGAACACACCCACACACAUUGACUUUGUUUCAUGCAAAGCACUGAUUACACAGAACAUACUUUUUCUAGGUGAUGUGAUCAAAGUCGUGUGGCUUGUUUGGGAGAUAGAAUUCGGUAAGGCACUUGGUGAUAUUAUUUUUCGGUUUUUUUGUUUACAGAAUUACCUGCUUUGGCCAGGUAAGCACUAUUGAAUAUAAUUCAAUAGUUUGUAAUAUAAAUUAAACCAUAUCCAUACGCAACAACUAAUUGUAAGAACUUUUAUAUCCUAAUUUAAAAGCUGUGAAAUUUAGUUUUCACACAUCAAACCGGAUUGUUUAUAUAUGUUUAAACAUUUUAUGCUCUUUAUUUAAAGAAGACUUUGAACUAUUUUUUCUGUACCUUGUAAAAUAUUGAAAAACUAACAUAUGUUGAAGUUGCUUGAAACUGUACAUAAACUAAAUUUUCUGAAUUGUGUGUUUAUGUUUGAGAUCUGUGUUUUAACUUUGUAAGUAAAUCUUCUGCCUUUGUAUUUAUAUUUUACAAAAAUUUUCUUAAAGGCAAUAAAACUUGAGAAAUGAAGAGGCUA